GUACUUUCAUCCUCUGAUUCCCUCACCCACGCCCUCUACUAAGUAAACUAAAACAAGUUUAAGAAAAAUGGGUGAUGUUUUUCUGGAGCGCAUUUUACGACAACACGGCCAUGACCCCGGUUCGUAUGGCGUUGUUCCGAAAGGAAAGCCUUUUGGGCGAAGUGCGCAGCAAGAGAACAAGAGAGCGUCGUCCUCUACCUCGUCAAAUCCACAGCAGCGGCUGUUGUUCUAUAAUAAUCAAGCGGAGGCGCAGGCGGGCGCGGGCCACGGCUACGACACGACAGAUAAUGACGUCGCAGUACCAGAAGAAGUGGGACGAGAACGAGAAUCAAAAUGCCAGCGACCAGGAUUCGACGUGAUGAAAACGAAGCCUCGUGAGGUUCAGUUGCACUCAGAAAAUGAAGAACAGACGCCAGGGCCAGGUGGCUCGCCAACAGCCUGUACGAAUUAUGCGCGUCAUUUAAAUGAUUUACAAAAUGAGAGUGCUCGUCCUGCACCAGGUACUUCUAGUUCAAAUACGGACAACGCUGAAGAAGCAACUGAACUCUUGUCAGGAAAACACAACAAGGACAAGGAUGAGUUCCAUCAGGAGGAAAAAAAUGCGGCUUGUGAAGGAGACCAACCUCAAGGACCUGAAGAUGUUCCUACAUCAUCGUCUACCUCCGACAACAUCAGAAUUCCUGAUUUGACACUCCCACUUCCUUCGUCUUCUAUUACGACAUGUCUGAAACACGCGGCCGCCGAAGGGGACAAUAGUUGUACCUCAACAACAUCUGGUGGAAGAGGAGGUAGAAGUGGGACGUUUCGGCCUAGCACUCUCUUUCGCAAGGUUGCAGGGGAGAAAGUGAACGAAUUUGAGCUUUCAGGUGUGUACAGCACCCCAAGAACAGAAGACAGUGUUGCAGGACGAGUUGUGGGAGCUCGCCGUUUCUCUUCAUCUUCGUCGGGUACGAGAGGAAAAUCAAGGCGGCCGAACGAUGUCAACAAGAAGAUCUCGUGUUCGGAAGCUGACUACGAGAACAAGAAGUGCAGGCAAGAUGGAAAUGACAAACCAAUUCAGGCUUCGGAAGGGAACCUCGACCUCGCACCAGCCAGACCUCGUGGCGUAACUGCUUCCUCUGUGUCAUCUUCUCCAGUUUCGGCUACCGUUUCAGCGUCAGCAUCUGCGAGCCUGGCUUUGUCGGCGCUAGCAUAUUCGCAUUCGACUGGUGAGGGAAAGCAUCAAUCAGUUUCAGGAUCAGCAUCCGGAUCGCUUAUACUCGGAGGUGGAAGUUGUAGUUCAGGCUCUUCAUCAUCUGCUUCUGCGAGAGCUAGUGCUUCCGCUUCGUCUUCUCAAACUGGAGGAAGGUCAUCUAGAAGAAGUUCGGUUGAACGUGGCACCUACGGACGCAAUACGAUUUUUUCGUCGCCGGACAGGUAGCUAGUCUUAUUUGCUACAUAGGUACACACGUGAUUAUAGCGGUCUACAUAAUAUCAGUUUGAUAUAAAAUGCAUGUAUUACAUGGGAAAGAACUGUUGCACGACAAAUCUAAAGCGUCAAGAUGUUUUAGUUGAUUUCUCGACUGCAUCCAACCUUUACGUACCUACCUUUUUAUCGAUGCUGUUACCUCGUCUUCACCCAGGAACCAAAAAAUAGCAUCCAAAAGACCUUCUUCAAAGAAGUCGCGAAAGUCAAAGAAAGCACUGUUGGACUCUCCCAUUGGACCUAGGACGAGGACGACUCGAGGUCGUGCUGUAAGUGACGGGGCAUUAGACUGCGUGCUAGACGACGAAGAAUUCAUAUGUCUACUGGAUGAAAUGCGAGCAGAAGAACCGACAGCCAUCGAACCCUUCUUUGAUAAUUUUGAAGAAGUAUUUGUCGACAAUGUCGGAGAUGAUGAAGCGGGAACAGGACAGGAAACAGGAGAAAUAGCACCCCGAGCUAAUAUAGUAGGAGGAAAAUCUUUGUCUUCUAAAAAUAGUUCUAGUCGUGAAAAUGCAACUGAAGAUCCUGGAACUGGACCUGUGCCUGCAUCAUCUUGUAAAGGAAGGGGUCCGCGGCAGCUGCUUCCGGACAAGGAUGGACAGCAGAUUUACGCUCGGCGCUCACUGGAGAAUAUUAGACGAAGAUUUGCGCGCUUGCUGCAGAAGCACCGCAGUCGGCUGUCAGCGGCUCGGCAAGCGGAUGACUUAGUUAAGGUGAAAGUGGUCCUUGUUCAACGAAAUACUUAAGAAUAAGAAUUGAAACUGCAACAUAAAUUUAGAUACGAAUUAGAUUGAAAUAGAAAUUCAGGUCUAGUAGAAAAACAAGAAGAAACACUUAGUCUUGAUGCUAAUCUCCGUCGUGGUCUAGCUCUAACAGACACUCCAAUACUCCGCGAAGUGGCGCUUUGAGUCCUUUUGGAAGUACCAGCAACGCAGCGUUGUGGAGACGGCUCCGAGAAGAAAAUAGGGUGCUGCAGAAGUCACUGGAGGAGGCGCGUGGGACUGUUACAAGGGUAGAAAAGGAAUUGCAUGCAGCAGCACGCGAGCGAGAUACACUGAAGAGGCAUUUGGCGCAGUUGGAAGAUGGACAGCGACAGAGAAAUGCUACGUCAGCAGCUUCUAACAUCGCUGAUGCAGAUAUUAAGGGUAGUUUAUCACUAUCCCUGUGGACUAUGAUGAGUGAAGUACCCCCUGAGCUGAAGGGGAAAGUAAGGGGGGAGAUGAAGGGCAACUCACUCGACCAGGGUGGAUAGUGAGAAACUACCUCUAAAGAUAAUAGUCGUUCUAGUUCUGCACCUUCUGGUUGCUACACGACUACAGUUCUUUCUUCACCUGCAUCUGCUGUAAGAUCAAGAGCAUCAACUGCAACAUCUGCUUCGAUCAGUCGUAACUUGUUUCCACCUCCUACAGCACCUUCUGGCUGCUACACGACUCCAGUUCUUUAUCCACCAGCUGACGAUGUAACAGUGAAUCCAGGACUUGAUGAAGAAGUCUUUGCUGCGUUGCGCAACGAGUUGAAACGAGCGAGUGAAGAACGAGACUUGUUAUUAAGGCUCCUGGUACUGCUUCUACUUACAACUAAAUUCCCUAACUGUGUAUAAUCUUGAUAUUAUCUUAUGUGUCUCGACCUCGAGCAAAAACUGAAUCCCAAGCCCUCUAGCAUACGAUGUGCCACGACAGAAAGUGAAGUAUAACAACUUCACAUCAGAGAUCCUCCAAAUCUUCUUCAUACUACAAUUUUAUUUGUUCGUUCGACUGAACUUGCACUUCUAAGAUCAGCAGCAAAACUGAGGAAAAAGCAUGAGAAGUAUUCAGAAGCGAUUCAGCUUUUGUACGAUAGGACGGGUCGUGUUUGUGAUGCCUUUCGCGAUCAACUGCAAGAGGACUUGAGAGCUUCCAGCUCUAGCGGAUGUCUGACUGGUGAUCUGGAGAAUGAGAACUUUUCGUUUUCUACUGAAGAGCAGCGGCAACAGCAGAUGAUACUACACGAUAGUCUAUCAGUUCAGAUGUCCGCAACGCAUUAUAAUACACAAGCAGGACCCGGACCCGGAAUUCCGACAGUGCCAUCACUUGUUUUGGAGGAAAAGCAAUCAGCAACAACAUCAGCAGUUCCAGUUAUUCCACCUCUUCCGAUACCAGGAGGCGGCGGCGUUUCCCUGUCAUCUCGUCUUAGCGCGUAUCGCUCUUCCUGGGACGAUGAGACCAGCAAACAGGAGAUUAGCGAGGAAGUUCCGACGCCAAAACAGCUAAUCGAGUCAGCACUAGCACAGGCGCGUGAGGACAUUCGAAGGAGUAGAGGUGGAGCCGGCGACUGUAAUGAGGACCUAGGUCAACAUCUAGGUGUCGGACCGAAUGUGGACCAAAGGAGUCAUGGAAGAGAAGAUGAAGUCCGUCGUGUAGAAGAAGUAGGAACAAGUGGCAAUGUUGAUCAGCUUCUCCAUACCUUUGGCGCCACGACAAAAUCAGGACCUCCAGCUCCAGGGGAGAGAUCCAGACUGCACACCUCUGCGACAACAAGACAACACUCGACUGACGCAGCUCCCGGGGGGCGCUGCGUAGACGAUGGAAGGAUGACUUUAUCUGCCUCUACCUCCAGUAACUCUCUCAAAUCGAAGGGAAGCGGAAGCAAUUCCAGUAAGAGUGGUCGUGUGCACAACAACGACCACAGUGCUGGUCCGCAGAAUAGGACGAUAAUGAAGGAGCCUUGUACUGGUGUUCGUUCUUCAAGACCUCUGACUGGUGGGGAUGGAAGCACACCUUCGGUUUCUUCACGGGCAGCGUCUACGUCAGCCAGUACAUAUGGCGUGCGAAGUCGAAGUGUAGUCACUUCAUCUUCUAGUGCAUCAAGAACUUCCGCUGCUGCGUCGGUCGCCGGACUGAAAGCGCGACGACGGUUUUUCACCGAUGAAGUAGCGGUGCUAGGUCAUGAACAAGACCAUGAGUACUAUGUUCUUGAUCCUCAUCAUGAUCAUGAGGAUGGUGUUGGUGGGACCGGGACUGCCACUAGAGUGCCGAAAACCACCACAGCAGAAGGGACGUUAAGCUGGAUGAAAGUGGUAAAUGACAUCGACGGUGCGGACACUAGUAGGGAGGAAGGUGAUACCUUCGUGGACCCUACGUUGUUGAAGACAACUACCGGAAGGAGUGGAGAGCGUGAAGGCGGUAGUUGUACUGCGAGUGGUGCAGCUUCCGAGAUAAACAAGCAAAAGCAAGCUCCAGGAGGCGAUAACUUAAGACCAAGUGGGUUUUUUUCCAGAAACCUAUUUUGUUAACGAGAUGAAUCUUCAUUCACAUUCUUCGGUUUCGGAAUUCGAAGGGCGAAGAAAGGGAUGUUUCUAAAAAUUAGGAUGCUCUUUAUUCGUACUUACUCUAAUCUAAGCGUAAGUAGUAACAUUGAAAUUUAUAUAAUCGAUUUUUCGUAGUCGUAGACGUAGUUCUAGUUCUCUCAAGUUCCUUCAUCCUCUAACCCUCGGCCAACACACGGCUAGUAGAUCUAGUGACGUGUAUCAGCGGAUGGCAGCGUUUAACCGAAGUUUGGGACGCAUGGCGAUAAAUCUAACGAAAUCACCGUUAACGCCUGAAAUCGAUUCGGAUGGCGAUAAUAUAUAUUAUAUGAGUGCUCGUCGAGUGACCGAGUGAGUAGCCGACAUGAUGUAAAAGAAGCUGGAGUACUGGCACUGGUGACAUGGCAUUGGUAGAUAAUGAUAAGCAUUCUAAUUCAUGAUAUUUUCGAAACCUGAUGAUUAAGUAGUAUUUCAAAUAGAUGAUUCCUUUACCUUCUCCUUGUGAUGGUCGUGCUGCGUCAAAUAAGAAAUUACAUUUAGUCAGUUUUGCAUAGAUGAAGACUUAAGUAAACAAAAUCCAACGAAAUAUGAUGUAGUAGCUUUGAAGUCUUUCCCUCUGCUCGGUCGGUUCCACGACUUGUUUUUAUUUGUUAAUCAGCGAGCCCACUGAGUCUUAGUUUUUGUAAAAAGCUACCACCAGCAAGAAUGCCUUUCAUCAUUAUAUGGGACAUGCAUGACGAGGAGAAUCUCCGUACCAGCAUUCGCGGAUGGAUUAUUGUGGUUUCGGUAACUUUAACUUCUCGAAUAUUGCACAGGAAGGUUCUUCGCCUAUUUGGAGAACGACUACAAUGUUUGUUUUACUUUUAUUUCAUCAUAAUCUUACAACUACAAGUAACUUUUUAGAUGCGUAGUACACAAGAGACAGAAUGGAACACAGGCGAGUUUGCACGGGGAUACAACGAAAGAU